UUCCAGCCGCCGCCGCUAUAUGCUCGCGUGCCUCCGGCGAGGCCUCCCGCUCCUCCGGCAGCACCGGCCCCGCCCGCUCUCGCCCUGCCCCGCUCGUCUGCUCCCCCUCUCGUCCCUCCACCUCUCCAGCGAGGCGAUGGCAGAUCCGGCUCCGGCUGUGGUGCCGGACGGCGCCUACCUGGAGGCCGUGACGCAGAAGCGGAUCCGCAUCUUCGAGGAGGUCCAGGCCAGGCAGGCCCUCGAGCGCCUCAACAUCGGCGGCGAGCCAAUCAAGAUAACUUUGCCUGAUGGCGCAAUCAAGGAAGGCAAGAAGUGGAUAUCAACCCCAAUGGACAUUGCUGCGGGGAUAUCAACUGGGUUAGCAGCUAGCUGCUUGAUAGCUCAAGUGAAUGGUGUACUCUGGGAUAUGGCGAGGCCAUUGGAAGGUGACUGUGAAUUGAAGUUGUUUAAGUUCGAUAGCGAUGAAGGCCGUGAUACGUUCUGGCACUCGAGUGCUCAUAUUCUUGGAGAGUCUCUUGAGAGGGUGUAUGGCUGCAAGUUGUGCAUUGGUCCUUGUACUACAAGGGGGGAGGGUUUUUACUAUGACGCCCACUACAAUGACCUGACACUGAAUGACACACAUUUCGAUGCCAUUGACAAGCAAGCCAAAAAGGCUGUUGCGGAAAAGCAAGCAUUUGAACGCAUUGAAGUCUCCAGAGCAGAAGCCCUUGAGAUUUUUGCCGAAAAUAAAUUUAAGGUUGAAAUAAUUAAUGAAUUGCCCGAGGACAAGACCAUUACAGUAUACAGAUGUGGUCCUUUAGUUGACCUUUGCCGUGGCCCGCACAUCCCAAAUACUUCUUUUGUUAAAGCUUUUGCUUGCCUCAAGGCUUCAGCAUCAUAUUGGAGAGGAAAAGCAGACCGUGAGAGCCUGCAGAGAGUAUAUGGAAUCUCUUUCCCUGAUUCUAAACGUCUCAAGGAAUAUCAGCAUAUGAUAGCGGAAGCUAAGAAACGUGAUCAUAGGUUAUUAGGGCUGUCACAUGAACUCUUCUUUUUCCAUCCACUUAGCCCAGGAAGCAGCUUCUUCCUUCCAAAUGGUACUAUAAUAUACAAUAAAUUGAUGGAUUUUAUGCGACAGGAGUAUAGAAAGAGAGGCUACCAGGAGGUUUUGAGUCCAAAUAUUUACAAUAUGCAACUUUGGGAAACCUCUGGACAUGCUGCAAACUACAAGGACAACAUGUUUGUUUUUGAGAUUGAGAAACAAGAAUUCGGCCUUAAGCCAAUGAAUUGUCCUGGCCAUUGCUUAAUGUUUGGCCACAAGGUUCGAUCGUAUAGAGAGUUGCCUCUCCGCAUGGCUGAUUUUGGGGUUCUGCACAGAAAUGAGCUUAGUGGUGCACUUACUGGUUUGACACGUGUCAGAAGAUUCCAGCAGGACGAUGCCCAUAUUUUUUGCACAGAGAGCCAAAUUAAGGAUGAAGUCCGGGCUGCUUUGGAAUUUGUUGAUUAUGUUUAUAAAAUAUUUGGAUUUAAAUACGAGUUAGAGUUAUCAACGAGACCAGAGAAGUAUUUAGGUGACAUUGAGACCUGGAACAAAGCAGAGCAACAACUGACCGAAGCAUUGGCUGAGUUUGGGAAGGAAUGGAAGAUCAAUGAAGGGGAUGGUGCUUUCUAUGGUCCAAAAAUUGAUAUUGGUGUGUUUGAUGCCCUGAAGAGGAAAUUUCAGUGCGCAACUCUGCAGCUCGAUUUUCAACUGCCCAGUCGCUUCAAGUUGACCUAUUCUGCAGAGGAUGAAGCCAAGCUUGAGAGGCCUGUGAUGAUACACAGGGCAAUACUAGGAUCAGUUGAAAGAAUGUUCGCCAUCCUUCUGGAGCACUACAAUGGUAAAUGGCCUUUGUGGUUAAGCCCUCGCCAAGCCAUUGUAUGCUGUGUAUCGUCCAAUUCACUAGAAUAUGCAAAAAAGGUUCAUGCUGAGAUACGUGAAGCUGGUUUUCAUGUUGACAUUGACAUGACUGACAGGACAAUUCAAAAGAAGGUGCGGGAGGCUCAGUUGGCCCAAUUCAACUACAUUCUUGUUGUCGGUGCAAAAGAGGCAGAGUCUGGAAAGGUUGUCCUAAGGGUAAGAGACAGGGCCGAUCUAUCCACCGAAAGCAUUGCUGAUGUCAUCACGCGUUUCCGUAACGAAGUUGCGUCUUUCCUGUGAUUUUGAAGAUACAGUCAACUUUUUUUUGCUGAACAUUCACUAGUGUUGUAAUUUUGUGCGAUCUGGGGUGAAUGACACCAAAUCGUGAUAUCUUGUUCCUGUUCUCACAAGUACACAUGAUUAUUAUUAUUAUUUCGGAGAGUGUUAUUACUCC